AUGUCCUUUAGAAAGCAGUCCUCGGGAAGGAUGCUCUUGCCUUUUGGGCUAGACUAUUCCGACAUUCUAUCACAGGGUGAAACCACAGAAAAAGCUACCUUGGAGCUCCCUGUCCAUGGCCCCUUGUCAAAGUACGAAGAAGACGUAGCAAGACAGUCCCUAGCAUUCGCCAGACUUUUGUAUGAUGGCCCUUUCUUUACUGGCGCCCCUGAAUUGAAGGAAACAGAGUCUGAGCCUAUUCAAAGGUACUCGGAUCGGUUCAAAAAACGCAAGAAGGUGUCUAGAUCGAUCGAUGAGUACCCAUACCAGCUUGAGUUCUUUCCAGAAGAGCUCUAUUCAGUCAUGGGCAUCUCCAAGCUGAAGAAGAAGCUUCUUCUAUCGUCAUACAAGGCCGAUGGAGGCCUCAAGCAGUUCAAUGUAUCUGAAAAGGAGAGCUCGGAAUCUAUGCUUGAAAAGCUCAAGAGUCUAGCUGAAGACCUAGAUGCUGCUCCAGCUGCUAACCAGGGAGAGCAGGAAGAUGUCGAGGAAGAAGAUCACGACGAUGAGUACGAAGAGGACGAUGAUGACGAUUACAACGCCGAGAAGUACUUCGAUGGUGGAGAUGAUGAUCUUGGAGACGAUGGGGACGAUGAAGCCGCCUUCUAG